ACUGCUGCUAUUAACAGCACACAGCCAACAACAGUUGCUGACAGCCACAACAACAACAACAGCACCCACAGUGAUAAUAGUAUUAGUGAGAAUAAUUAUGAGUUUAAGUCUAGAGAUAAAGCGAACGUAAGUGAUAGCAAAAUGACGCUACAACAUGUUGCCAGCAGCGUAACAGCAGCAACCAGCAGCCACAGCAUUGUGGCAGCAACAGUUGCCAGCGAUGAUAACAAUGCAGCAGCAACAAUUGCCGCUGAUUGGGGCAGCAACAGCAGCAACAACAACCACAACAAUUCGCGUUAUUUGCAUAAGAAAUUCAAACGCUUAGCCAGCACCAAUGAACCAGAGACGGCGAGCAGCGGCAGCGCCAGCAGUCUAGUGGGUGGUGCCGAGGGUGGUGCGCUGCGCACAAGUUCACUCUCAUCCAACAGCAGCUUAUCGCCGCCACCGCCAGCAGCAACAGCAACAGCAGAGCCAGCAACGUUGCCGUUGAUGAACGGACAUGUUGCUGCUGAAUACAGUGCCAACAACAAUAACAACAACAACAUUAGUCAUGAGCAGAGCAUAAACAAUAAUUUAAAAAAUGGCACAAUUGUGCGUCAACCGCUCAGCAACAGUAAUAGCAACAGCAAUGCAACAUUGCUGCCAGCAACAUACGCACAGCAGCAGCAAACAAUCGCAGCAGCAGCAGCAACAACCACACAGCCAGCAGCAACUGUUGCUGCUGUCACAGGCGAGAAGGCUGGACGCUACAAGUGUCCGUAUUGUCAGCUAAUCUGUGCCAAGCCCUCGGUGCUGCAGAAGCACAUCCGAGCGCACACCAACGAGCGUCCGUAUCCCUGCGAAACCUGCGGCAUUGCCUUCAAAACGAAGAGCAAUCUCUACAAGCAUCAUCGCUCCCGUUCGCAUUUGGCACGCACGCGCGGCUACGAAGUGAACGAGGUGGAUGGACUCUCGGAUCAGGAUGCCGACGGCGAUGGCGAGCUGAGCAACAGCAGCUCCGAGCUGCAAAGUCGCGCUGGUUCGCCCUAUGAGGAGCCGCUGGCCUCACCCACAAGCUCACCCUCCACGCUCUCGGCAGCCAAGAGCGCGUACAUACAACAGGCGCCGCCGCUGCCGCAGCAUAUGCAGCAAUUGCCGCUGGGCUCACCAGCAGCCGGCACGCUGCCACCUGCAACAGCCGAGCAGCUGCACUCAGCAACAGCGCAACAUCGUCAGUCCAUUGACUACAAGCCAUACAAGCCCAAGUUUCACAAUGCAGCACUGUACGCACCUGGCCAGGAGCACCAACAGCAGCAGCCACAACUGUUGCAGCUACAACAGCAACCACCAAAGCUAUCGCCCGCGCUGGCUGCGCAUCCUACGCUCUCGCCCAGCACACACUUGAAACUCAACAAUCACAUUAAUUCGCAUCAGUUGCAUUUGCAGCUGCAGCAGCAGCAACAACAACAGCAGCAGCAGCAGCAGCAACAACAGCUGCACGCACAGCAGCAAUCAUUGCUGCUGGCUGCUGCCGCCAAUCCAGGUUUGCCAUUGGGCGCGCUGCCGCCAGCACCACCGGCUGUUUAUUUUAUGGGCCAGCCGCAGUAUUAUAAUCAUAGCGCUGCUGCUGCCUUUCAGCAACAUGCGCUCAUGCAGCUGCAGCAGCAAUUUCAGCUGCAACAGCAACUGCAGCAACAGCAACAACAUUCACCGCUGCUCAAGCCGCCCACACAGCAGCAGCAACCAGUGCCACAACAGCAACCACUGUUGCGUGCCAAUAGCCAGCAGCUAGCCAUAGUAGCAACAGCAGCGCAGCCAGCGCCAGCAACACCCACGCCAGCUGCCAAUCUAAGCAGCUUUGCCAGCGCCAGCGGUGGCAUGCAAGUGAAUGUGGAAAAGGUGCAGGAGCACAUCUCAAAGCUGAUCUCACAGAACGAGGCCAUAGUGGAGAACAAGGAGAUAUUGCUGCAGAAGAAGUAUCCAAAGCAGCUGAAUCGUUCGCGCAGCUUCAACAAUGCCAACAACAACAACAAUAACAGCAGCAGCAAUAGCAGCAACAGCACAACAGCAACACAUGCAGCUAGCAACAGCAUUAGUCAGUCCAUGGGUGAAACCAAAGUGAAUCUAGCGCAGGCCAUAGCGCAAAAGCAGCAGCAGCAAAUGCAGCAGCUGCAACAGCAACAACAGCAGCAACAGUUACAACAGCAGCAACAAUAUCAGCAGCAGCAGCAGCAGCACCAGUAUCAGUUGUUUUUGCAACAACAACAACUGGAGCCGUUGAACGGUUUGCUUAAGCGCAGCGCUAAUGUUAAGCCAACGCCUCUUGUUGUUGCUGCUAAGCUGCAGCAACAGUUGCCGCCGCCACCAACAGCGCUGCCGCUGCAAACGCUGCAAUAUCGCCAAGAUCCAGCAACAGCAGUGCCCAAAAUGGAACAGCAGCAACAGCUGCUGCCAAAUCAUGUGCAGCCGCUGAAUCUAAGCGCCAAGGCAAAGCCAACAGCAACACAGCAAAAAGCAGCAGCAGCAGUCGCCGCAACAACAGCAACAACAACAGUCAGCACAGCAGCAACUACAACUGUUGCUGGCAAGAGCAGCAGCAGCGCAGCGCAGGCGCCGCCCAACAAUUCGAUUAUCAAGAAUCUGCUGCUCAAUGCACGCGGCCUGGCUGUGCCCAUUGGCGAGGGCGACGAUGCCGUCUACUCCUGCCCCAUCUGCGCCAGCGAAUUCCGCAGCGCCGAUGAGCUGAAGCAGCACAACGCCACCUACUGCCAGGACGCCAGCAGCAGCGGCCCCAUCAGUCCCGCCAGCUCGCCCAGCAGCAAAUACUUUCGCUCCAAUUCGAUCUCGUUUAGCCUGCCCGAGCUCAAGACGCACAUGGCCAACUCCAAGAAUCCGCUAUCGCUUGCCAAGUUGGCCUGGUCGCAGCUCAAAACCAAGCCCAGCAGCCUAGUGCUGAGUCGCCUAAGCGCAGCGCAGUCGCCGGCGCGCACAGCAACAGUCACAACAGCAACUGUAACGACAGCAACUACAACUGCUGCUGCUGCAGCAACAGCAGCGCCCAGCAUAGACGCCAGCAACAUGGCGCUGCGCUUUGUAGAUGCACCACUGCCAUCGCCUGGACCGCUGCUGGGCAAGACUGCGCUGGUGGAUUAUGCAGCGCCACGCAAGGCGUCGGAUGCGCAGGUGGUCAUUACCAAGAUGCAUGAGGAUCGACUGGAGAAUGUGAUUAUCGAGACGCCCAGCAAGCGCGCCAAGCUCAUAGAUCUAAACUAUGCCAGCUAUGGCAGCCAGGAGCUGCUGCUGCAGUCCAAGGAGGAGCGUCUGCGUCGCUUUACCUCCUCCGGCGGCAGCAUGAUUCCCAUUUCCGAGUGCCCCGAUCUGGACAAGAGUCCCAAGAUGAUACGCACGCCGCUACUCUCGGGCGGCAGCUUCCAAGAGAUGUCGCCACGCCUUGGCAAAGAUGAGCGCAAGCACCAGAGCAACAACAUCAAUGGAUUUCCACAACAUUUUCAAUUCCCGCCCAUCAACAGCAUUACCGCCUUCAAUCCGCUGACGCUGCCGCCCGUGCUGGAGCCCAGCAAGAGCAUUCCCUAUGUGCCAGGCAUACCAGGACCACCAGGCGUAUUGCCGCUGCUGCCGCCGCCGCAGCAACUGCAGCUGCCGGCGGCAACAGCAACACGCGGCCGCAGUCCGCAGCGCAAGCAGCCCAGUCCUAAUCCCAAUCCCAAUCCCAUGUCGCCCUUCGGUGGCGUGCAGAAUGUGCCCAGCGAGUUCAGUCGCCAGCCGCCGACGCCUGCGCAGCGUCAGGCGCUGCAAUGGAACAGCAGCAACAGCAAGUCGGCAACUGUUGCUGCUGCUGCUGAGUUGCCCAAGAAGCAGCCUUUCAACUUUCUGCGCAUGGCGGACAAUGUUAAGCCCACGGAGGAAGUGCGUCACUUCAAUUUCGAUAAUGUGCAUGCCAAGCAGGAGGCGCUGGCGCCGCUGCAUGUGGAAACGCCAGAGGAGAGCGCAGCAGCAGCAGCAGCAACAACGACUGUUGCUGUUGUAAGCAGCAGCAGCAAGAGCAAAUUUCUGCGUCCCACCAGUUUGCCGCUCAAACCGGGCACGUUUACGCCCAAGCGUCAUCAUGGCAUCACUCCCACUGCCAAUACGCUGCCGCUAAUCUCGCCGGAGACACCGCGUCCUUCCAAGUCCUGCGUGCAAUUGUAUUUGAAUGGACAUGCGUACACUUAUCUGGGACUCAAGUGCAGCACCAAGAUGUUCUACUGCACCGUGAACUGUCCGCAGCCCUCGUAUGUGGCAGGGAUGCAUAAGUUGUCCAUGUACAGCGUCUGGCAGGUGUGCGAGGAGAAUCAGCCGCAUCCGCUGGGCUUUAAGCUCAAGGAAGUGAUGUCGCUGUACGACUCCAGGCAGCGUCUGCUCGGUCAGAUCAGCAGCACCACCAUGGCCGGCAUGAGCAAGCUGAACUAUGCGCUGGUCAGCGCCCAACCCGCCAUUUGCUCCAGCAGCAGCAGCCAGAGCAGCUCCAGAAGCACACAGAGCCAGCUGAAGCAGCCGCUGGCGCUGAGUGAAGCGAAUGUGGCCGCCAAGGCCAAUGAGGAUGCGGCGGCCAAGAAGCUGGAAACAGGACAACAAUUGCUAGUUGGCGGCUAUGAAUCCCACGAGGAUUACACCUACAUUCGAGGUCGUGGUCGUGGCCGUUACGUCUGCUCCGAGUGCGGCAUACGCUGCAAGAAGCCAUCGAUGCUCAAGAAACACAUUCGCACCCACACCGAUGUGCGUCCCUUCACCUGCAGUCAUUGCAAUUUUAGCUUUAAGACCAAGGGCAAUCUCACCAAGCACAUGCAGUCGAAGACGCACUUCAAGAAGUGCAUUGAGCUGGGCAUUAAUCCUGGUCCCAUGCCCGCCGAUGGUGAAUUCCUCGAUGUGGAUGUAGAGUUCGAUCAGCAAUCGUCCACCUCAGCGGGCGGACGCACUUCGUCCAUGGCUGGCGAAUCCGACUCGGAUGAUUUCAGCGACAAUGAGUCAGAGAGCAGUGAUACAGAUGAAUCCAAAUCUCGCUUGAAGGAGCAUGAGGCGGCGCGUGGCUUGCUGUCGCUAUCAAUGACGCCGCCCAUACCGCAGAGUGUUUCACCCUAUUCGGCGCUGCAUGAAGCGCCGCUGCCUGCUGCGAGUCCAGCCAAUAGCAUUGGCUCCUCUGCUGGCAGCAGCAGCGCUGCAACUGCGCCCAAGCGUCUGGUGUGCAGCUUUACUUCGCCCAAGCCGCCAUUUGACUAUCAGAAGCAGGAGCAGUACUACUCCAAUCCGGAGGAGUCCAAGCCCAAGCGCAAUGUGGCGCCCAGCGAAUGCGAGAGCAGCGCGCCCAUGGAUCUGACCAAGCCGCGCCAGCUGCUGACACCCAAAUCGCAGGCACAACAAAUGCGUGACGUCAUAUUCGGCGCUGGCAACAAUGAAAGCGGCUUUAUGAAAACGCUUAUAUCGGUAUCGGACAAGGUGCGCAUCUCUGCAGAGAUGGAGGAGCAAGCGAAGCGCGAAGGCGACAGCGAAGGCGGCGGCGACGAUGUGCUGCUGCAGACUUAUAUCAAGGAGCAGGCGCUGCAGCAUGCAAAGAUGAAGCAGAGUCAGUUUAGUCGCAGUGUUUAUGCUGUGAGCAGCAGCAGCAGCAACACAGCAACAGUAACGAGCAGCAGCAGCAGCAGCAACAGUUGCUUGACUUCCAGCAAGCAGGAGCUGCCCAGCAUUGAAGUAAGCGAGGUGAAAACUCCAGAGCCUGCCAUAGCAGAGGAAUUGCUGCCAACAAACGAAAGCACAACAGCAGCAGCAACUGUUGUUGAUGUGCACAUCGAAGUGGAUGUGGAGUCUAUGAACAGUCCUGUGCCACAUAAUGCAAAUUUGCCUGCAGCUGUGCAGCAGCCGGAUAACAAUGACUUCAGUGGCGUGCUCAGCAACACAACAGCAACAACAACAGCAACAACAACAGCAGCAGCAGUAACAGCAACAGUUGCAGUUACAACAACAACAAGCAGCGCUGCUGUCAGCGAUUUGCCAAAGUCGACGCCCACUUUUCCCAGCGCGCGUGUUGUGGUCGCCGAGCCAGCACCACCGCCACCCACUUUGGCCAGCGAUGCGCGUCCCACCUGCAGCAUCUGCAGCAAAGUCUUCCAGCGCCAGCAUCAACUGACGCUGCACAUGAACAUUCAUUACUUUGAGCGCAAGUUCAAGUGCGAACCAUGCAGCACCUCGUUUCGCACCCAGGGACACUUGCAGAAACAUGAGCGCAGCGAGGCGCACAAGAAUAAAGUGAUGAUGACAUCCACAUUUGGUGUGCCCACCACCUCGAAUCCGCGUCCCUUCGAGUGCACCGAUUGCAAGAUCGCGUUUCGCAUACACGGCCAUCUGGCCAAGCAUCUGCGCUCCAAGACGCAUGUGCAGAAGCUCGAGUGCCUGCAGAAGUUGCCCUUUGGCACCUAUGCGGAGAUUGAGCGUGCGGGCAUAAGUCUCACCGAGAUCGACACCAGCGACUGUGAGAAUUCGCUCAUAUCACUUAAGCUGCUGGCGCAUAAACUCGUCGAAAAGGAUCCGAAUAAGCUUAGCGGCUACACCAAUCCCUCGGGCAUGCUGAGCGAGGCGGCGACGGCGGCGGCACAGGACAGCGCCUCCGAGGAUGGCUUCAGUGCAGCCAACAGCGCUGCUGCCUCGGCUAUUGCCUCGCUGGAUAAUGAUAGCGCUGGCAAUACGCCACAACGCGCCAGCUCCAUGUCGGAGGAUGAGACACUGGGCGCCAAUGGGCUCACGCCACACAGUCUGAAGCGACGUCUGCCGGGCAGCAGCUUCAGCAGCAAUGGCGAUGAGAGCGACAAUCAGCUGGAGGAGAAGCGUCCCAGAAGCAACACCAACCAAAGCAGUAGCAGCACCACCAGCGAGUUGAAGCCGGUGGCAGUGGCACAGGCCACGGUGUCCACGGCUCAGGCCAGCAACUGACAUUACAUGUAUAUGCUGCAGCCCACCUGAGUGUGGCCGCCACUCUAUAACUGCCACGCCCAUGUUUGGGGCGGCAGCAGUGACCAAUAGUUGCAACGAGCGCAUAUCAAAUACUAAACAAUGUCUAAGCAUAUCGCAUUUGGGCACACACACACACACACACAAACACACAUACUAAAUUAAUUGUUUACGCUAGUGCGUAGCAAAAAUUUUUGUCACUAGCUCUAAGGCGCAUGCUUAAUUGAAUUUAAAUUUUAAGUUGGCCUCACUACUCAACCACAAAUUUAUGAUAUAUGUCUAUACCUUAGGCAAAUUGCAAACUUUGUAUUUAGUUUACUACACACAAACUAUUUAAUUUCCCUUUUAGUUUGUGCUUUUAUCUAAAUGCUACUCCUAAAGUGCUGUGAGCUCUAACUUUCAAUUUUGAAAAAAAAAAUGUAAUUUUUGUUAGUUGCCGUGCGCCCUGACCAAACAAAAUCACGUAGUUCUUCCUAAUUUUGAAAAGUUGAAUUCUAUUCCUUUUUGUUAACUAACCACGGGAGUUAUGAAAUCCUUAUUAUGUUUAUGUUUAUUUUUUAUAUAUACUUAGCUAAAAACACAACGAGACCACGAGACUCUUUAAUUGCUUGUUUUAAUUAAUUGAUGUAUUUAAUUAGCAAAGAAGCAAAGCAGCAAACAAACAAACAAAAAUUAUUGA